AUGAAAAAUAAUGAAUGUUAUAAAGCUGUAUUUGAAGCUAAAAUAAAUCCAUCGAAUCAGAAAAACUUAGAUUUAAUUAAAAAUCUUCUUAAAGAUUUUAUUCGUUUUGGUCAUUUACUUGAUACAUUAUUCAUUGACAAAUAUGCUUAUCGAUUUGAUGUUGCUUUUUUAUUUCCCGGUGGCAUUCGAGAACGUGAAGGAAUAGCUGAUAAAUUAUGUCAAAAAAUUAAUGGUGGACAACAAUGUAAUCGUGUAUUUUUUGAUGCUUAUUAUAAAGCUGAACUGGCUCGUCUAAAUCUUGAUUUAUAUUUACAAACAAUUUAUCGGUAUCAAACAAAACUGAUUAUUGUUUUUAUGUGUGAUGCAUAUGAACGAAAAGACUGGUGUGGUUUGGAAUCGCGUGUAAUACGUGAUCUAUUAAAAACACGUCAAAGCCAUCGAAUUAUGUUAUUAACAGUAGAUGGUCAUAAAAUCGAUGGUGUUUUAGAUAUUGAUGGUUAUUUGAAUAUUGAAGAUAUGAUGGAAUGUGAAGUUGUUAAUCAUAUUUAUAGUCGAUUGAAAGAAAUUGAUAAACUACAACAAUCUGGAAACGAUUCGCCAGCUUCCAACUAUUCUCCUCAUUUUCUAUAUAGCCCAAGUAGCCUGACAGAGUCAUCGAUAAGAAAACCACCAGAAAUAGCAAAGGCUUUUAAAGAUGCUAUGUGUUCAGUACUUCAUUUACCACCAUUUUCUCUUAUGAUAAUGACUAUCUUUUCUUUAGUAUGUUCCAUUUUGGGUAGUUUUAUCGGACCUUAG